AUGCCACCUAAAGGCAAAAAAGGAAAUGCUGGAAAGAAAAAAUCUAAAGAAAAACAAGAAUAUCUUCGUCCAACAGAAAAAGAAACUGCUUUGCAAACAGAACUCGAUAAAAAAGUACAAGCAUUAGCCGAACUUAAAUUACGGGCUCAUGUGGUUGAAGAAGAAAACCACUGGCUUAAUGAUGAGGCAAAGAAAGUUCGAAUCGAAAUGAAUGAAUAUAUGCAGUUCAUGUCAAAAAAGACAAAUCUUCGACAAACGAAAAUUGUAACAUUGACUGAUUAUCAUCGAAAAGAAAUUGAUGAUAUAAAUCGAGAUAAAGAAAACAUGAUAAAAGAAUAUCAAAAAAAGAAAGAAGAAGCACGAUCACAACUAAUACAAAAGGAACAAGUAUUAUUAGAAGUAAAAGAUGAAUUAGAAACUAUGAACGAAUAUAAAGAUCUUCGAGAUCAAAAAAAUGAAGAAAUCAAGCGUUUACAACAUGAAAUAGCCCGAAUACGUGUUGAACAUGUAAAUCAAAUUUCUUACAUGAAAUCAACUUUCGAAAAAGAACUUCAACAGCAACGUACAAGUGAAAAUACCAAGGUUGAAGAGAUCCGACGACAAGCUGAUAAGGAAGCUGAACAAUUUCUGUAUGAUCAAUCACUAAGUAUUCAAAAUGAAAAUAUUGCAUUAAGAAAAGCACUACAAGGUAUUCUUAGUCGUACACACUUAUUAAGUAAUUUAAAGCAUCGGUUAGAAGAAGAACAAUUAGAAUUAAUAAAUCGAAUUAAAUUAACGACUGAUCUUAGAAAAAUACGUUUGGAUAAAGUAUCACCGAGCGUUCCUGAUGAUCCGUCGAAAAUGGUUUCAUAUAAAUAA